CUUCUUCUAAACUCCUUCCGUUUGAAAGCGCACCCUCUGUUUCUUUCUUGUCUUCUUUCUCUUUCUCGUUCUCUCUCUCUCUCUUUCUUUCUCUCUAGUUUCAACCCUUUCAUAUUCUAUAUGUUGCCACAGUUUGGUUUUAUCGUUGCUCAGGCCGGUGCUGAUGCGCGAAUGGCCGCUCCUGCCGGUCCACCAUCGGGAUUGCCUCCACCUCCUCCUUCUCACAACUCGAGCAUCGCCUCCAUGUCCAAUCAGUACCGGCAUGACGGUUCGUCUGUCACACCUCCUCGCGAUCGGCCAUACUAUUCACGUCACUCGUCUCCAGCACCACCGUCUACUACUCCUACUACUAAUACUACUAAUACUACUCCUUCUUCGUCGUCGUCGUCCAUGCCGCAUCCUCCGCCUGUGCUACCUCCUCCUGUUCCGUACAUGUAUGCUGGCUCAGACUAUAACUAUCAACGCCCGUAUUAUCCUCCUCAUCCUGCUGCUGCAACGUCAGUACCGCCACCUCCCCCACCAUCAGCACAUCCACAACAAGUGAUACAACAGCAGCAGCAUCAGCAUCAGCAUCAACCGCCGUUGUCUACCUCAUCUUCUUCUGCAUCGUUUCGUCCGUUGCCUCCCAAGUGGCGUGACGAGCCACAGUUGAUGCAACAUCACGCGCCCUCAGCAGCGACAGUAGCAGUACCUCAGCGACCACAAACCCCUCCCGCACCAUCGUCUGUGUGGCAUGCACCAACGCCUCCACCUCCGCCGUCACAGCAACAAUUUGUACAGCAACAACCACCCCCGCCACAAGUGCCUCAGGUAUCACAGCAACACGUACAACAAUCAAAACAACAGCAGCAGCAGCAGCAGAAACAAGCAUCAUCCUCAUCCUCAUCAUCAACAACAACAACCACACCUGCUGCUGCUGCUGCUGCUGCUGCUUCAUCGUUCCAUCAGCAUCAACCCAAGU